CGAUCUCUCUCUCUCUCUCUCUCUCUCUCUUUAUCGACUCCACAAAAAUUCAUCCAAUUAAUAAUCUUUCUCACUCAUCUCGUAGCGGCAGCAGGUAAAAAUCCCCCCAGCUUCGGUUUCUUCCCCCUUUUGGGAGGAAACAUAUCGUCCAAUCCCAAAUCCCGAUUUCAAUUUUCCCUUUUUUUUUCAAAAUCUUGCGAUAAUUAUGAUUCUUGUCGUGAUAUCUGUGUCUGAAUCGCUGCUGUUUGAGAUUGCUUCUGUUACCCAAGCUCUUCCGUUUCCAUUCCGCAAGAAAAAUUUCGGCUUUAUUUUUAGCAGUAAUUUUUCUGGGUUUUCUUGAAAAUGGGUUCCCAGAAGGUUUGGGGGCCCAGAAAAUAUGGGGUUAUCGGUAAUUGUUAAAUGGAAGUAUGGAACUUCAGUCAUAACUAUGGAGAAUUUUGGGUCCUUUUUAAUUCAAGGAAACUGGGAUUUAGUUCUUGAAGUGGUUUGAAGACUAUGUUACCAACACCAAAAGCUGCAAACCCGGUGGAAGCCAACCCACAUAACAUUGCUCAGCCUUCCAAUGAGCCUUGGUGGAAAAGCAGUGCCGGCCUCAAUUGCGUGAUGCAGCAGCAGGUGGACGAUGCCUCCGAUUCAUCUUCGUCUUCUUUGGAGCAAUCUGUGGAAGAUCAAUCACAAUCUGAUGUGGGAGUCAAUCACGAAGGAGAUAACGCUAACGACAAAUCAGAAAAGACUGCACCUUCAGGUCAAGAAGGAAACAGGGAACAAGCAAAUCAGCGAGUGGCAUCACUCGUGCCUGGAGGAAGUGAGGAGCCCCUUGCGCAGCCGCCACAACAACUUGAACUUGUUGGACAUUCAAUUGCUUGUGCUCCAACUCCAUACCUUAACCCAUAUUUUGGGCAGAUGGUAGCUGCUUAUGGUCAACCCUUGGUACCUGCUCCUGAAAUGGUGGAUAUGAGCCAUAUGAGGAUGCCAUUGCCACUUGAAAUGACUCAAGAACCAGUUUACGUGAAUGCCAAACAGUACCACGGAAUCCUUCGCAGACGAGAGUCCCGUGCCAAAGCUGAACUUCAGAAGAAGCUUAUCAAAGUUAGAAAGCCAUAUCUCCAUGAAUCCAGACACCAGCAUGCUCUGAGGAGGGCUAGGGGGACUGGGGGCAGAUUCGUCAAGAAGUCCGAUUCCCCUGCCAACGCUUCUUCAUCUAACCAGACGGGUUGCAGCGCGCCUCUCUCCCCCUGCUCCCUCUCUCCUCCACCAUCAUCUUCCCCGGAGGCGCCUCAGAUUCAGUACGGGAGAGCCCUGAGUUGCGCCCGCGAAUCAAAAUACGGCGUGCAUUCCACCAAGUCUUCAGGCGGCGGCUCAGCCCUCUAACCAGGUGGCGGCAAAUCAUUCCUGGCUUUUCAACAAUCUUCUCUUUUGAUCACAGUGAAUUUAAAUGGUGUUUGUGUACUAUGAUGAAUGGCUGUGUGUUUUUUAUUAGCUUAGCAAGUGUGUGUGUGUGUGUAUAUUCCCUCCAUUCUGAUUUAGCUCGCGACUUUUGUGAUACAACAAAAUUGGACGAAUACGGACGUACUGUAUGUCUACAUUUAUUCAUUUUUCAAUGUAUCAAGAAGGUUAUAAUCGUUAGAUAAAAAAGAAUGGAAUGAAUA